ACUACGCCUUUCCCCAAAACUAGUUCACGUUAUUAUUAGUACUUUACUGUUCAGGAAAAUAUGAUGAAAAUAAUUCGUAUCGCCAAAUGUUGCUACACGUUAAAGACGUUUUAAGAACAUUUUGGUUUGCUUUGAUUUGUAAACAUAAUACAUGAGACAUUACGCGGAGGGAUACUCCACAUUGUGAGUUGCAAGCAGGGUUGCAGUCGCGCGCGGUGAGAAGAUUUUUUGUUUUAGAAAAUGCCGUUGUAUGGAAAAAUAGUGGUUAUCAAAAGGAGUGGAGCUGAUGGAACAGAAUUCCCUCUAACUGCACAAUCAUGCUUAUUUGGAAGGAAGCCUGAUUGUGACAUUCGCAUCCAGCUGCCUCAUGUUUCUAAAGAGCACUGUCAAAUUGAAGUGAAUGAAAAUAAAGAGGUGAUUGUAACAAAUUUGAGUGCAGUUAAUCCUACUCGUUUGAAUGGUAAAAUUGUACAACAAUCUGAAUCUUUGAAGGACAGAGAUGUGAUUACUAUUAUUGAUCGUUCUUUCAGGUUUGAGUAUCCUCCUGAAUUGACCCAGAAGAAAAGACAAUCUGCAUCUGCAAAAAAUGAAACCCUGCAGGUGCUUCAUGUUCAGCAGGUGAAGGACACAGUGUGUUUGUCUCCUGGAAAUCAAAGGAAAUCCACCACCUUGACUUCAGAUGCAUCAUAUGAUCUAAAAGAAGCUAAGGUUAUUGGAACUGAACUGUUAAGUGAGGCACACAUCAAAAAUGCUACACCUGGAGAAAAGGAUGCAUCUGAUACAGAAUUCGCCCAUAACCAUAGGGGAAACCAGGAGAAGCUAUUGGAGGGUUUGUCUCCUUUCAGUCAACUUUAUAAAACGCUUAAACUCCAAUUCCAGGCAAAUGAUGACCACCAAGCCUCUAGCAAAGGUGGAAAAACACCAAGGAAAGCAUCAGGCGAUGCAGCUCAGACACCUUUAUCAAGACGUAAAUCUGAUAAAAUUAGUCCAACCCGAGCCGUUAAAAUGCCCAUGGAAGUUAAAAGUACACCAUUACCACAAGCCCCUCUUUCCAGAAUAACUCCAAACAGAGGCAGAAAGUCCUUUGUUUGUGAAAAGUCAGCUGAAGAGGCAAUGUUGCAAAAUCUAGUUUCCUGUGUUUCUUCAGAGGAGAAAGAUACUUCAGAAGAUCAAUUGAACAAGGAGAUAAUUGACUCGCCAAGGUCUAGGAGAAGGAGCAAAGUAAUGAAUGAUUUACAGUCUGAUGCUGUAAAUGGUGAAACCUCACAAAUAACAAGCAAUAUGACAAAUAUUAUUGUAACCCCCAAGAAUGAUCGUCGUUCAACAUCACGUGGUAGGUCCUCAAUACAUAUAGUUACGUCGGCAGAUAAUGAAGAUGAUGGAUUUGUUGAACCAAGUGUUUCAGAUAAUGAGGGCAGCUCAGUAAACAGUACUCUAAAGUCUACAGGUAAAGGUCGACCAAGAAAGUCCCCAUUAAAAGAUGACCAUGCAGGAGGGAAUUACUCUGUUUGUGAAAGUGUGAAAGAGAAACCCACAGUGGUUGAGAAUUUGAUAGGCACUGACCAAGAAACUCCUAAGAGACGUCGCCGGUCUUCCCAGCCAACACCUGUGAAAUCGGCAGAAAAAGAGAAAGACUCUGGGGAGGAAGCACAACACAAACAAGACCGUUUUUCUAAAGCUAAAGAAACUCCAAAGUCUAAAAGGAAUAGCAGUCAGUUUACACUGCAAAGAUCCAUUAGUGCAGAUGAAGUGCUAAAAGAAAUCCAAGAACUUCCAUCUUCAGCAAAGAAAUCGUCGGAGGAGAUGGCGUCGGGAGGAAAAACAGAAAUGCCUAAAAAAGGCAGGAAAAGUAUAGAAUCUGAAACGCCAGCUUCUGAAGCAGAGCUUACUCCUAAGAAAGUUUCCUCUUCACCAAGGUGGCGAAGUAGAUCACUUUCACCUGCCAGUCUUGAAACUCAGGAUCCAGUCAAGAAAAAUGUUAAUGGCAUCAUAACACCACAAGAGGAAAAGAAAGUGGCAACACCAAAGAAAACACAGAAAAGUCCUGUAAUAAAUGAAGUUUCACCCAAACAGAAGACUCCUAAAGGCUCCCCAACAAGAAGGCACUCGGGAAAAGCAAUGCUGAAAGCUGAAGAAGUACUUUCAGAAAUUGAGGCAUUGGCACCACCUAGUGGAGAAAAUGGUGCUGUGGAAACAGGUAAUAAAAAGACUUCAAGCAAGAAGCGCAGGAGUGGGGAACUGCAAGAGAAAUUAGCAGAACCACCUUUAAAAAGAAAGCGAGUUUCCUUCGCUGGGCACUUGAGCCCUGAGCUGUUUGACAAACGCUUGCCACCCGAUUCUCCUCUGCGGAAAGGAGCUAUGCCAACCAGAUUUAGUCUGUCAGUUGGGAGCAAAGGACCCUCAGUAUUACGGAGGGCGUCGGCAGUAGGAAUCAAGUAUUCCUUGAUAAAGGAAUUUUCUGAAGAUACCUUAAGUUCUUUAAAGCCAAGUCCCAAUAAGAAGGCAUCCCCUAAAAAAACACCCUCUAAACCAAAUACUCUAUCGCCUGACAAGAAGUCCCCGAAGCCGAUUGCCAAGACUCCCUCUCCAGCUAGGUCUGUUGCCAAAACCCCCUCCCCUGGCAGAAAAUCCCUCGCUGGCGCUGGCAAGACCCCCAUUCUGACAAGCUUAACUGCAAAGAUACCUUCAUCAGACCAGAAGUCCCCAAAUGUUGCUGAUGUAGAACCCUCUCCUGGCCAGAAAUCUCCUACAAGUGCUGCCAAGACACCCUCCCUGGCUAGGUCUGUGGCCAAGACCACCUCCCCUGGCAGACAGUUGCCUGCUAGUGCUUUAACUAUUACUAAGACACCCCCUCCUGGUAGGAAGUCACCUGCUAGGUCUGUAACCAUGACGCCCUCCCCAGCUAGGUCUGUAACCAAGAUGCCCUCCCCAGCUACAACCAUUACUAAGACACCCCCUCCUGGUAGGAAAUCACCUGCUAGGUCUGUAACCAGGACGCCCUCCCCAGCUAGGUCUGUAACCAGGACGCCCUCCCCAGCUAUGCCUUUAACCAGGACGCCCUCCCCAGCUAGGCCUGUAACCAGGACGCCCUCCCCAGCUAGGCCUGUAACCAGGACGCCCUCCCCAGCUAGGCCUGUAACCAGGACGCCCUCCCCAGCUAGGCCUGUAACCAGGACGCCCUCCCCAGCUAGGCCUGUAACCAGGACGCCCUCCCCAGCUAGGCCUGUAACCAGGACGCCCUCCCCAGCUACAACCAUUACUAAGACACCCCCUCCUGGUAGGAAAUCACCUGAUAGGUCUGUAACCAUGACACCCUCCGGAGCUAGGUCUGUAACCAUGACGCCCUCCGGAGCUAGAUCUGUAACCAUGACGCCCUCCCCAGCUAGGUCUGUAACCAAGAUGCCCUCCCCAGCUACAACCAUUACUAAGACACCCCCUCCUGGUAGGAAAUCACCUGCUAGGUCUGUAACCAAGAUGCCCUCCCCAGCUACAACCAUUACUAAGACACCCCCUCCUGGUAGGAAAUCACCUGCUAGGUCUGUAACCAGGACGCCCUCCGGAGCUAGGUCUGUAACCAGGACGCCCUCCGGAGCUAGGUCUGUAACCAGGACGCCCUCCGGAGCUAGGUCUGUAACCAGGACGCCCUCCGGAGCUAGGUCUGUAACCAGGACGCCCUCCGGAGCUAGGUCUGUAACCAGGACGCCCCCCGGAGCUAGGUCUGUAACCAUGACGCCCCCCCCAGCUAGGUCUGUAACCAAGAUGCCCUCCCCAGCUACAACCAUUACUAAGACACCCCCUCCUGGUAGGAAAUCACCUGCUAGGUCUGUAACCAAGAUGCCCUCCCCAGCUACAACCAUUACUAAGACACCCCCUCCUGGUAGGAAGUCACCUGCUAGGUCUGUAACCAUGAUGCCCUCCCCAGCUAGGUCUGUAACCAAGAUGCCCUCCCCAGCUACAACCAUUACUAAGACACCCCCUCCUGGUAGGAAAUCACCUGCUAGGUCUGUAACCAUGACGCCCUCCCCAGCUAGGUCUGUAACCAGGACACCCUCUUCCAACAGGAAGUAUUUAUCAGGUACUGCCAAGACACCCUCUCCAGCUAUGUCUCUAGCUAAGACACCAUCUCCAAGCAGAAUGUCGCUCACUGGUGCUGCCAAAACGCCCUCUCCAUCUGGUGCUGCCAAAACACCCACUCCUAGUAGGCGGUCACUUGCUGGUGCUGCAGAGAUGCCCUCCGCAAAUAAAUCUGUAACCAAGACACCCUCUACUGGUAGGAAGUCUCUUGGUACCAAUACCAAUACCACACCUGUAGUGUCAACCGCAACACCAAAAAGUGGUACACCUUAUGUUAGGGGACGCUUCUCCAUUUCUCACAUCAGCACACCUUCACCUAUUCCUGAACAAAGCACUGUUGCAUCUAAAGCAGAACCUGUUGCUGAAGAAAUACAUUUUGAUGCUGUUACACCUAAACCAUCCCUAAGAAGGAAAAACAUUCAGUCUACAGCAAAGAAAACCCCUUCGAGGAGAAAGAGUUCUGGUCUUGAUGUAGUUCGUUCAAGAAGUGGGGCAUCUAAAGCAAACUUGCUAGUUGCAAGAUCCUGGGCUGAUAUUGUGAAACUCGGGGCUGCCAAAACACAGGGAAUGGUUUUUGCAAAGAAGCAGGUCCCGAAGGCGAAGAAGGUUACUAUUAAGAAGGUUACUUCAAAAAUGCCAAAGACCCCAGUUAAGAAAAUCAAAGACCAUUUCAGUACUGGACAUGCAGAUUCUCCCGUGACCAUUGUUGUUGGCAGAGCCCAUGCUAGAGCUGUCAAGCCAGCAGGGCAAGUUCCAAAGCUGGUUAGAAAUGUGGCAUUAAUGAAGAGAAGCAUGGAAAUGAAUGAAAGUUUUACAGGAAUUGCUGAAAUGUUUAGUACCCCUGUAAAUGAGAAACCAAGGAGAACACCAAGGCGCUCCUCUGCCAGCACUGAGGUUGUCUGUUCUACUCCUGUUUCUUUAACUGAUGCCUCUGUACUGAACACCCCAGAGGAAACAGGUGAAAUGGUUGUAUCCCCAUUAAGCGCACCCAGUACUGCAAGACGUGGAAGGUAUAAGGAUGCAGUGACCUGUCUUCAAGAGAAGGAAUCCAGUUACAGUGCUGUGAAGACCCCUGUUAAAGAAAUUAUUGCACCAAUCAAUCUCUCUGGUGGGAGUCAAGUAAGAGUUCAACCGUCAGAAGAGGUGGUAUAUACAAGUGAGAAAAUGCAAUCCCUUGUUGAAAAGACAGCAGCUGAAAUAGGUGAAGGUUGUAAAAAAUUAAUGAGGACCCCUAAACAAAAGGCUGAGCCACUGGUGGCCCUUACAGGAGUUAAAAGGCUGAUGAAAACACCAAAACAGAAGUCAAAACAAAUAGAAGACUUCAGAGGGAUCAAAAGACUCAUGAGAACACCCAAAGAACCUAAAGUACAGAUAAUUGAGGAUCUUGUUGGGGUGAAGAGAGUAAUGACAACUCCGAAACAGAAAGCAUCACCAGUAGAAGAUAUGGUUGGAAUAAAAAGAUUAAUGCGGACCCCUAAACAUAAGGGAGAGUCUGUUGAAUAUAUGUCUGGCAUUAGCAGAACUAUGAAGUCUCCAAAACUAAAGAUUGCUCCUAUAGAAGAAUUUGCAGGUUUGCAAGAACUUAUGGAACAGCCCGAGGAAAAAAAGCAAGACCACGAAUCAAGAGUAAACAUAGAAACACUUGAAGCUUUGGAGACCAAGAGAGAAUCGAAAAAACAUGAAAGUGUUAAAACACUGGCCAUCCUAGCACAGUCCAGUAUAGCAGCCCAACAGCCACCUUCAAGGAGAUCUCGUUGUAAAGAUGGUCAAAUAUCUGUAUUGCCUACACCUUUAAAUAAUUCUGGAAGACCAGAGCAGGUGAAACUGACAAUGGAUAUUGAAGAGGAUUCAGCUGUAAAAAGUUCAACUGACACUCCAAAUGGGAGUGUUAAAGCUUCCCCAGCCCAAACUGCUUCUACUAGAAAGUCUGGAAGGGGUAGGAAAGCAUCAGAUGUUGAAUUGUCAUCUCUGGAAGCAAUUUCAGUUGAAGUUUGCUCAGUUAAAAGUGAUAACAUUUCCAAACCUACAACAGAGUGUGUCAAAUUAUCACCUACCCCAAAGAGAGCAACACAUGGAACUGAAAAUAAGGAUACUUCUAGAAGUGAUACCCUGGGAUCACCUGCCUUUGAAAUUGCUUUAGUUCAAGAAUCUUCCAUAGAUUCUAUAAAAUUGUCUACCCCAUCCAGGAGAUCACAACAUGGGAAUGAAAAGGACACUGUACAAAAUGAAAGCUCACUAUUAUCCCUACCUGCAAAUAAACCUCAAAGAGGAAUGAAAGGAAUGCAGAAUGUAGAACAAAACCAUGCAUCUAUAGAACCCGCAGAUUUAACUGUUGAAAUUAUUAAAGCUUCUCCUGUCUCUACAAAAUGGACACACAGUGGUCAAAUUAAAGAAGUUGAGAUGCCUGCUACACCUCCUGCAACAAAAUCUGGAAAGGAAACAAAACAAAAAAUAGAGGAAGUUGCACAUAUGUUGAAUGAAGUAGCUGCUGCUGAGGAAAGAGUCUCUCAAAGUGUGUCGUCACCUGCAGCCAAGAGAUCACAUCAUGGUGCCAUCAAGGAUGUUGCAGAAUUGGACACAUCUGCCUCACCUGCUGCUAUGAAGAAAGCUUUAAGAGGUAGGAAGGCACAACAUCAUUCAGAUGACACACAGUCGACAUCUACAGAAGUAGUUGCAGCUGAAAGUGUAAUGCAUUUGCCUAUGCUGAAGAGAUCACAACGAGGUGCUGUCAAAGAUGUUACGGAAAAGGCGAUAACUUCAUCACCAGCUCCUAAGAAAUCUGGAAGGGGUAGGAAGGCAAAACAAAAUUCAGAAGUCAAGCAUGAGACAUCUACAGAAGUAGUUGCAGCUGAAAAUAUAAUGUCUUUGUCUUUGCCUAUGCCGAAGAGAUCACGACGAGGUGCAGUCAACGAUAUUGUGGAAGAGGAAAUAACUGCAUCACCAGCUCCUCUGAAAAAAUCUGGAAGGGGUAGAAAGGCAAAACCCAAUUCAGAUGACAUACAAGAGACAUCUGCAGAAGUAGUUGUAGCUGAAGAAAGCAGUCCUUUCUCUACAGCAAAGAGAUCAGAACAAGGUGCAGUCAAAGGUACUACAGAAUUGGAGACCACUGCAUCACCAGCUCCUAUCAAAACAUCUGGAAAGGGUAGAAAGGCAAAACCCAAUUCAGAUGACACACAAGUGACAGCUGUCCAAGUAGUAUCAGCUGGAGAAAGCCUUCCUGAAAGUGUAAUGCGUACGCCUAGAACAAAGAAAUCACAAGGUGCAGUCAAAGAUACUGCAGAAUUGGAGACAACUGCAUCACCAGCUCCUACCAAAAAAUCUGGAAGGGGUAGGAAGGCAAAACAAAAUUCAAAAGACCAACCUGAGCUGUUUACAGAAGUAGUUGCAGCUGAGGAAAGCUGCCCUGAAAAUGUAAUACUUUCCCCUGCAACAAAAAGAUUGCAACAAGGUGCAGUCAAAGGUACUGUAGGAGUGGAGACAACUACAUCGCCAGCUCCUACCAAGAAAUCUGGAAGGGGUAGAAAGCCAAAACCUAAUUUAGAUGGCAGACAUGAAACACCUGUAGAAGCAGUUGCAGCUGAAAGUGUAAUGUCUUCACCUUCAACAAAGAGAUCACGACGAGGUGCCAAAAGAGAUUCUGCUGAAGUGGAGACAACUAUAUCCUCUGCUCCAACAAAAAUAUCUGGAAGAGGUAGGAAGGCAAAACAAAAUACAGAAGAUAUUCGUGAAACAUCUUUAGAAGUAGUUGCAGUUGAGGAAAGCUGUCCUGGAAGUUUAAUGCUUUCCCCUACACCAAAGAGAUCACGGCGAGGUGUAGUCAAUCACACUGCAGAAGUGAAGACAAUUGCAUCACCUGCUCAUGCUAAGAAAUAUGGAAGGGGCAGGACGGCAAAACAAAAUUCAAAUGAUACACAAGAGACAUCUAUAGAAGUAACUGCUGCUGAGAACUGUCCUGAAAGUGUAAUGCCUUCCCCUACAACAAAGAGAUCACAAAGAGGCGCAAUGAAAAAUACUGCUGAAGCGGCAACAACUGCUGCUCCUAUUAAGAAAUCUGGAAGAGGGAGGAAAGUAAAACAUGUUGAGGAAAUAGACCAUACCUCUACAGAAGUACCUGAAGAAAGCCAAGCUGAAAGCGUAAAAAUGUCCCCUCUGUCCAAAAGAUCACGUCGGUGUUCCAUCGAGGAUACUGAUAUGCAGAAAACUAGAUGUGGAAAGAAAGUAGCUCCUGUGAGAGAAACAAGAGGAGCCACAAAGAAAAAUGCAGAUGAUGCAGAAACAGAAGAGCCUGAGACCUCUAAAAAUUCAGUGAUUAUGGAUAAAAUUAAAAAUCUUUCAAAAAAAAAUGUAAAAUGGAGUACUGUGCUAACAGUGGAAAAUGAUACACCUGAGAACAAUGCUGUAGAACAUCUGCCUGCUACUGAUAAAAGGUUGCAGAGGGGGAAAGCCAGAAGUGAAAAAGGAGAAACUCUGGACCUAGAUGAGGUACCAGUGCAACUAGCAAAACCUCGUAGAGGACGACCUGGAAGGAAACCAAAAAUGACUGAAGCUGAGAUUGUUCAGGAACAGGUUGCUGAUGAGCCAAGUUCUAAAGAGGAAAGCAAACCGGCUGUUUGGGUCAGUUCUAAAAGGGAAGCCUCUUUAGAGAUUAUUUCAAGCAAUGUAACUGUAAUUGAAAAGGAAGGACUUCGUGGCAAAAGUGGAAGUAAAAGAAAAAUGAUCUGUAAAGAGUCUGCUAAUGCAAAUUUUGAAGAGCAGGAACAUUUGUUAAUAGAAGUAGCUCCAAAAAGAGGUAGGCGUGGAAAAGCAAAGACAACUGUUGAUGAGGAAGCACAGAGCUCCACAGGUCCCAGUGCUUCGACAGUUGAAAUUAAAGCUGUAUCAGUAGUAGAAACGAUGAAACCUAGAUCAAUCAAGAGGACAGGGAGAACAAAAGCAUCAUCACAGCAGAAACUUGAUCUUCCAAAAGAAACUAAUGAUCACGUUAUUGAUGAGAGUGCAUCCCAGGCUGAGAAACUAGUUAAAUCAAAGAAGCCCAUUGGAAGGGGCAAAAGAAAGCUCGAGCUGGAAGCAGAAACUGAGGCUGAUGUGUCUUUCCUAAGUCCUUUAAUGUCGACCAGAGGAAAGCGUGCUAAUCUAACAAAUGAAGCUGAAACCAGAACGCUGGAAACUGCAGCUAAUGAUGAAAAUGUAACUCGGGGAAAGGUUUCUAGAAGAGGAGCAGCAGCAUCCGAUAAGAAAACUGCAGCCGCAAAAACAGAAGGCAAACCAGUCAGAAGUACGAGACGGAGAUAGACAUGUAAACAGUUGUGUCUUAAAAAUUGGUAGCUUAUUUGUAUUGUUUUGUCCAUCCAAUAAUUUUUUUUUUUUGGCACUGCAGCUUAAUUAUGCUUGUAUCUUUUCUAUCUUAAAUACAUACUGCUCUGUAAAUUCAUUUGAUAUAUAUUUUAAAUAUUCCCCAUUUUAUACAGCGGUGUGAUACUUAAUUUCUGAGAGGUAAGACGUGUAUAUUUUUGCAAAGACAUUGUGUCUUUUAAUAUUAAGUCAUAAUCGGUAUGCAUUUGUUUUUUUAUGCUUGGUGAUAAUUUGAUGCUGGUAAAGUUUUUUUUAAACAAAACAGUUGCUUUUUUCUGUAGCAAUUAUCAGAAUAAAAUUUGUGAAAUUUC